AUGGGUAAUACUACACAUUGUUCAACAAAACCUUCAUCACCUUCAAAAAGGACUUCACAUAUAUAUAAACUUGAAACAAAUAGUCCAUUACCAACUAAUGUUCAUCAUUACAAAGAACAAAUUCAUUCUCAACCGCUACUUUUUCACUUUACAUGUAAAGAAUCUCAACAUUAUAAAUCACAAAUCAAUGUAAAUACACAACAAACGCCAGUACCUAUGUGUAUUGGUCGUGGGUGGCUUAAAAAACAAGUUAAACGACCAAUAUCACUUGAUCUUGAUCUGGUUAAAACUAUUGUACAACAACCGUCAAUAAACAAUCAUGAACAACUACUUGAAGAGCAGCAACAACCGCUAAAUAAUAUCGGAAAUAGUACAGAAAAAAAAACAGAUAAGGCGGAGAUAUUAGUUGCAAAACAGAUAGUCGACAUGCCGAUAAUGCAAACGGGUAAAUACUUUUCUAAACAACAUACAUAUCCUUGA